CCUGGCUGGGAUGUGGGGUGGGAUGAGGCCUAGAGGGGGUUUCAGGGUCAGCAAGCAGGACAUUGGGACCCAGGAACAUGGAUCCAGGGGAGGGAUCCUACAGUGGUAGGGUGCUUGGGGCUGUCUCUUUCUUUCUUCGUCCAGAGCCUUAUGUAAGAGCUUUUCUCAAGAAACAGGAAGUCCUGCUUGCCAAGUUCAGCACAGGGAGUAGUGCAGGCCUUAUUCCAACACACCCGGCCUGGCCUUAACCCGAGAACUCAGCCAGCUUCUUUCUUCCACGAUCCUGGUUCUCCCCACUGGCCCCCUCCCCUCCUUUCCCACCUUCAGUCACUCCUAGCAAACUUCCCCAGAGAUCUCUCCCUGGCCUGAGCCCAGAGGAUCUUCCACCCUCACCCCUUGACCCUCGAUGCUGCCCAGCUUGUCCCUCCAUCCCUGCUCCUGGCACUAUGCCCCAUAGCCAGCCAACCUUCCCUCCCCCACUUCUGGGGCCGCCCCAGGGUUCCUGUGCUCUGGCCGCUCCUCCUGGGUGUCACUGGCAGCCCCGUGCUUCCUAGAGAGACUGACACCAAAUUCUCCUGAGGCUGGAGGAGGGUUGGGGGGUCUCAAGACAACAUUGGCCCCACAGCGGGGUGCCAGGAGCACCAACAGUGCCCCUAGCUUGCUUUCUUCCUCCCUCCUUUUUAUUUUCAAGUUCCUUUUUAUUUCUCCCUUGCGUAACGCCCUUCCUCCCUUUUGCACCACUGCCUGUACUCCCACCCUCCCUGCCACCUCCUUGCCAUCCACUCCUGAGACCAUAGCUGUUGGCGGUGUCCCCAGCUCAUGCCAGCCUCAUCUCCUUCCUUGCUAGCCCCCAAAGGGCCCCCAGGAGACAUGAGGGGCCAGGUCCGAGAGCCGGCACUCUCAGUAGCCCUCUGGUUGAGUUGGGGGGCAGCUCUGGGAGCUGUGGCUUGUGCCAUGGCUCUGCUGAACCAACAAACAGAGCUGCAAACCCUAAGGAGAGAGGUGACCCGGCUGCAGAGGACUGGAGGGCCCUCUGAGAAGGGGGAAGGGUAUCCAUGGCUCAGCUUCCAGAAGCAGAGCCCUGACAGCCUGGAAGCUCAGGAGAAUGGGGAGAGAUCCCGGAGAAGGAGAGCAGUACUCACCCAUAAACAGAAGAAGAAGCACUCAGUUCUGCACCUUGUUCCCAUUAACAUUACCUCCAAGGAGGACUCUGAUGUGACAGAGGUGAUGUGGCAACCAGUUCUUAAGCGUGGGAGAGGCCUGGAGGCCCAAGGAUAUGUUGUUCGAGUCUGGGAUGCUGGAGUUUAUCUGCUGUACAGCCAGGUUCUGUUUCAUGAUGUGACUUUCACCAUGGGUCAAGUGGUGUCUCGGGAGGGCCAAGGAAGGCAGGAGACUCUAUUCCGGUGUAUACGAAGUAUGCCCUCCAACCCAGACUGGGCUUACAAUAGCUGCUACAGUGCAGGUGUCUUCCAUUUACACCAAGGGGAUAUUCUUAGUGUCAUAAUCCCCCGAGCAAGGGCGAAACUUAGCCUCUCUCCACAUGGAACCUUCCUGGGAAAUCCACAAAGCCUCCCUUCACUCAGGAAAACUCCUGGUUCACUAUGCCACACCUCCCUCCAGGUAACCUCUGCCUCUUCACCCCAUGAGAACGAAUUAUCCUCAUUUCUCUCUAUUCAUUUGACCUCAGUUUCCAUCACUGUCUCCAGAGGUGUAUUUAUUAUAGGCCCGUCUGAAGGGGGUGCCCGACGACGACAGUCCCCUUGCAGCCACAUUACUCUUCGAGUCCCAAGUUUUGCCUUUUAUGCUGUGCGUCCCCCUGGCAUGGCAAGUCACUCCAAGCCCCUCUUUUGGCUGAGGCGGGUCGCCAGGGAGCCUUGGCUGAAUCGUACGCCCUUGUGCUGGUCCUGCCUCACUCCUGCAAGCUCUUUCUGCUCAAGCUCUGCUUAAAGUUAAAUAAAAGAGAAUAAAUGAU